GGUUCCGCAUUCAGCGUUUAAAACCAAUAAAAAUUUGAAGACAGAAGUUGUAAAAAUGGAGUGCGUUGUCCAAGGAAUUAUAGAGACACAGUAUGUUGAGGCACUAGAAAUUCUACUUCAGGGUCUUUGUGGCGUUCAUAGAGAACGUUUAAGGGUCCAUGAAAUUUGCCUUAAAAGUGGUCCGAAUCUUGGAUUUGUCGCUUCAGAGGUUAGAUUAUUGUGUGAUCUUGAGCAGUCUGAACCUACUUGGACUGUUAAACAUGUUGGGGGUGCAAUGAGGGGUGCUGGAGCAGAGCAAAUUUCUGUUCUCGUUAGGAGUAUGGUAGAAAGCAAAGCAAGCAAGAAUGUGCUUCGAUUAUUUUAUGCGCUUGGAUACAAGUUGGAUCAUGAGCUGCUAAGGGUGGGAUUCACCUUUCAUUUCCAAAGGGGUGCUCCAAUAACUGUAACUGUUUCAUCCAUCAAUAAGAUGCUAAAACUGCAUGCAACAGAUGAGGCUGUGCCAGUAACACCUGGUAUACAGAUGGUAGAAGUGACUGCCCCUGCAACAUCUGAAAAUUAUAAUGAAGUUGUUGCUGCUGUGUCUUCCUUUUGUGAAUAUCUUGCACCGCUGCUGCAUUUGUCAAAGCCAGGUGUUUCAACUGGUGUUGUCCCUACGGCUGCUGCAGCUGCUGCAUCUCUUAUGUCUGAUGGUGGGGGCACAACCUUGUAAUCUGAUUUAUAAAUUGCAGAACGUUAGAACUUAAAACAGUACUUUUCCGUAAAUGAUGAAGUAGAUGAUUCAUCUCAUUGUCCCUCUUUUCUAAGGCUGUCAAAGAUGCUCUGUGAUUCUAUCAUUAAUCUCCUGUUUCAACUUCAAUACGUGAGUGGAACACGGAAUGUGUAGAUGCUAUAUUGAUUACAAAAAAAUUUUGCCAGAUAGGCAAUCAUCAGGAUUAGAUUAGUACAUGAACAA